UUUUGGAGAUUGGGGCUCAGUGGAGCAUCCUGAGGAAGGACAUCCCCUCCUUUGAGCGUUACAUGGCUCAGCUCAAGUGCUACUACUUCGACUACAAGGAGGAGCUGCCGGAGUCGGCGUCGCGGCACCAACUGCUGGGGCUGAACCUGCUGUUCCUGCUGUCCCAGAACCGCGUGGCCGAGUUCCACACGGAGCUGGAGCGGCUGCCGGCGCCCGACAUCCAGGGCAACCUCUUCAUCCGGCACCCGGUGUCCCUAGAGCAGUACCUGAUGGAGGGCAGCUACAACAAAGUGUUCCUGGCCAAGGGCAACAUCCCAGCAGAGAGUUACACCUUCUUCAUCGACAUCCUGCUGGACACCAUCAGGGAUGAGAUCGCGGGCUGCAUCGAGGCCGCCUACGAGCGGAUCCUGUUCCCCGAGGCCGCGCGGAUCCUGUUCUUCAGCUCGCCCCGCAAGAUGACCGACUACGCCAAGAAGCGGGGCUGGGUGCUGGGCCCCUCCAACUAUUACAGCUUCGGGGGGCGGCAGCAGAAGGCCGAGGACCCCCCGAUCCCCUCCACGGAAUUGGCCACGCAGGUCAUCGAGUACGCCCGGCAGCUGGAGAUGAUCGUCUGAAAAACACAAAAUUCCCUCAUUCCCCCUUUAGUCCCUUUUUUUCCCCCAUUUUUCCCCAUUUUUUCUGCCUUUUUUUCCGUGAUUUUUCUGCCUUUUUUCGCGUUUUUUUGGGGGUUCUCCAACGUUUAAAGUGGUUUGGUUUUUU